UCCGAAGCGAUCCCACCAAUUGUGGGUUUCCUCGUGGCGACGCACUAACGACCCGUCGGUGGGAAGCCGCCCGCUUCCGUCAAACCCUAAUUUGGACCUCCCCCAAUUUACGCAGAUCUCGAUCGAAGCUCCUCCCAUGGCGCCUUUGCCGUUGCUCCUUUUCCUUGCUCUCCUCCCGGUCGCCGUCGCCGGCGACGGAUGCGCCAAGAAUACUACCCUUGCUGGCUUUGAGGCGGACCUCGCCAUGGCCCAGCACCAGGUCCGCGGCGUCGUCCGGAUCGUCGACGGCUGCUCCUUCUCCGUCCGGCGCUUCGACAUGCUCGCCGGCUCCGACCAGGUCAGGUGGUGGGGCGCCGCUGGCGACGACUUCCGGAACCUCUCCCUUGGGUCCCAGAUCUCCGACAUGCCCCUCAACCGCACCUACCGCAAUGAGUCGCUUACUGUUCGGCUGUGGGGCAACGCCACUUGGGACCAGAUCACGGUCCUCGCCAUCUGGGACGAAGCCAGCGCCUCUGACUUCGGCCAUGUCGUCAUCCGUAACGCCACCGGCAACGAGACCGAGCCUUCCCUGGCGCCAAGCCCUGGCCUUUCCCCAGCCCCCUCUCCAGCUCCUGAUUCUCCGGCUUUGGCCAAGAACAGAAGCAGGAUCCGCCGCCCGCCGACCAUGUUCGACAACUGCCUGACUUUGUCUCCAAUAUUUCGACUUCGGUGGUCGCUGUACCCUGAGUCUGAUUCCGUCGAUUUUGGCCUCGAAGCAACCGUGGGAUCGGAGUACUACAUGGCCUUUGGGUGGGCGAAGCCUGAUUCGUCAUCUCCCAUGAUCGGUUCCGAUGUGACUGUCACUGGGUUCACAGAAGAAGGUAUUCCCUUUGCUGAAGACUACUUUAUUACUGCAUACAGCGAGUGUCUUCUUAACAAGGAUGGCAAGGUCGAAGGUGUGUGUCCUGAUACUAUCUAUGAGGGAUCGGAUCCGAUUGGACUGGUGAACAACACCGAGUUUCUCUAUGGGCACCGCCGAGAUGGGGUGGCAUUUGUUCGUUACAAGCGCCCGCCGGCGUCUGUUGAUGAGAAGUAUGAUGUGCCAGUGAACAGGACAGAGAACAUGACAGUGAUUUGGGCGCUUGGUAUAUUGAGGCCACCUGAUUCCCUUAGGCCAUACUACCUUCCCCAAUAUCAUGGAAGUUCACAAGGAACGGCUUAUGGUUACCUUAGACUCAAUGUGUCAGAGCAGGUGGACGACUGCCUCGGGCCACUGGAUGCUGAAGAUAAGGAGGAUCAGGAUCUGAUCAUUGCUGUCGCGAAGACACCUCUCAUUGUUACAUCAGGGCCAGCUUUGCAUUACCCAAACCCUCCAAAUCCCUCAAAGGUGCUUUAUAUUAACAAGAAAGAAGCACCCUCGCUGAGAGUAGAAAGGGGUGUGUCAGUAACCUUCUCGAUACAAGCUGGGCAUGAUGUUGCACUCUACAUCACAUCCGAUGCCAUUGGUGGGAAUGCAACAUUGCGGAAUAUGACCGAGGUUAUCUACGCUGGUGGAUCACAGUUCGAGGGUGUGCCAGCUAGCCCAACAGAGUUGACUUGGUCACCUGACAGGAAUACACCCGAUCAAGUUUACUACCACUCCUUGUUUGAGCAGAAAAUGGGUUGGAAAAUUCAUGUGGUUGAUGGAGGUCUUUCGGACAUGUACAAUAAUAGUGUUCUCUUGGAUGAUCAACAAGCAUCCUUUUUCUGGACUUUAUCCGAAGAUUCAAUAUCUAUUGCAGCUCGAGGUGAGAAAAAAAGUGGAUAUCUUGCGAUUGGAUUUGGAAGUGGAAUGAUAAACAGCUAUGCCUAUGUUGGUUGGAUAGAUGAUAAUGGGAAAGGUCAUGUAGACACUUAUUGGAUUGAUGCAAAGGAUGCUAUGAGUGUGCAUCCAACUUCUGAAAACAUCUCACACAUGAGAUGUAGACAAGACAAUGGAAUCAUGACAUUUGAGUUUACUCGUCCUUUGUCACCUUCCUGUAGUGGAAAGAUAGAAUGUAAGAAUAUCAUUGAUCCAACUACUCCUCUAAAAGUCAUUUGGGCCAUGGGUGCCCAGUGGUCAGAAGACGAUCUAAGUGAGAGGAAUAUGCAUUCUGUUACAAGCAAUAGGCCUGUUAGGGUUCUAUUGUUGCGAGGAUCGGCAGAGGCAGAGCAGGAUCUGCGCCCUGUUCUAGCUGUUCAUGGGUUUAUGAUGUUUGUGGCUUGGGGUAUCUUGCUUCCGGGGGGAAUAUUGGCUGCAAGGUAUUUGAAACAUGUAAAAGGUGAUGGCUGGUACCAGUUACAUGUCUACUUGCAGUACUCUGGAAUCGCAAUUAUGCUACUUGGUGUUCUUUUUGCAGCUGCUGAACUCCGUGGUUUUUAUUUAAGUUCAGUGCAUGUGAAAUUUGGUAUAACUGCUAUACUCUUGGCAUGUUCACAGCCAAUAAAUGCAUGUGUACGUCCCAAAAGACCAGCUAAUGGAGAAGUUGCCUCUUCAAAACGAAUACUUUGGGAAUAUUUUCAUGUUAUCAUUGGGAGGUCUGCCAUUGUAGCUGGAGUUGCUUCUCUAUUUAGUGGAAUGAAGCAUUUGGCACAAAGAUAUGAUAGCGAGAAUGUUCAAGAGCUUACUUGGGCAUUAGUAUUAUGGAUUUUGGCUUUUGUCCUUUUAGUUAUGUACUUGGAGUAUAUGGAGGUUAAGCGAAGAAGAAAGGACAGGAGUCAUCUAAGAGGCAAUUGGGUGUUGGGAAAUAGUGAGGAAGAUGAUUCAGUUGAUCUGUUGCGUCCUGAAAGUACUGCUACUAAAUCAGAGUCUCAGUCAUCUGGCAUGAUGGAAGUGCAACUUGAACCUCUUAGCAGAUAAGUUACAAAUUUGUUUUACAUCAAAACAAAUAGAUAAGUACUUCAGACUUGGGACUUUUUAAUGUAUAGAGAAGAUGGAGCCAUGGUGAUUGACUUUGCCUGAGAAGAUUCUUUUGGUGUAAAGGGCUGGCUGAUGAAUGAUGCUUGCAAUUCAAGCAAAAUACUGUAGCUGUUGAAGAGAAGUGGUGUUUGGUAUGUGGCUUUUCUUGUGUAUGUAUCAGAUUUUUCGAAUUACACAUCAAUUACCAUGAUAUUUUUUCAAUAUUUGAAGUAUGAUGCUCUAUUAAUAGAAAAGAUAACUUUUUAUCGUCAAUCAAUAGAAUAAAUUGGAUCUAUAAGGAGUUGAGUGCAGUAUGCAUAUUAUCAGCUUGGUCAAUGAUAAUUGAAUCUCCCACUUAUGGCUAUAUGCUAGAAUUCAAGUUCAUGUGCUACUUUUUCGUUUUUGCAUUAUUGUGCUAUUGUACUUGCUGUUCUCGAGUUUUGAGGGUUUUGUUGUUUGAAUGAAGUACAUUAAUUUUGGUAAAACUUUGGUACAUUUUGUGCGAA